GAGAGCGCGUCAGACUGGGCUUCCCUGAGUAACCUCUGCGGCGGACCCACCGGCGCUCGGAUCCUCUCCCACGCUUCUCGCCGACUCCUCGGACCCCAGCAGCCCGGGAAGGAGGCCGCUUCAGGCCGGGAGCCCGCUCCGCAAGACGGACCUGCAACCCGGAAAGGCGGCGCGGCGGCGCCCGCAGCCCGCUCCUGCCGGGACGGGGCCCCCGCGGGCCGGUGCCGCGGGCAUGUCGGAGGCGCGCAAGGGGAUGGACGAGUCAGACGAGAGCCAGUGCGAUUCGGGCAUCGAGUCCCUGCGCUCCCUGCGCUCCCUGCCCGACACCGCCCCGGCCUCCGCCUCCCGGCCCCCGGGCGGCACAGGCCCCCAGCCCUGGACCCAUCCUCCGGGAACCGCCAAAGAGCUGCAGGACAAGGAAGACACAGAUGGGGAGCGGGCUGACUCCACCUAUGGCUCCUCGUCGCUCACCGAGCCGUUGACCUUUUGGGGGGGCCCUGAGGCCGAAAACCCACCCCCAGGCUCGCCGCUCCCCGCAGCUGGGCCGCUGAGCCCGCAGCAGCUGGAAGCGCUCACUUACAUCUCGGAGGACGGAGACACGCUGGUCCACCUGGCGGUGAUUCAUGAGGCCCCAGCUGUGCUGCUCUGUUGCCUGACUUUGCUGCCCCAGGAGGUCCUGGACAUUCAGAACAACCUUUACCAGACAGCGCUGCACCUGGCUGUACACCUGGACCAGCCAGGUACAGUGCAGGCCCUAGUGCUGAAAGGGGCCAGCCGCAUGCUACAGGACCGACAUGGUGACACAGCCCUGCAUGUGGCCUGCCAGCGCCAGCACCUAACCUGUGCCCGUUGCCUGCUGGAAGGACAGCCAGAGUCAGGCAGAGGACCACCUCACUCCCUGGACCUCCAGCUGCAAAAUUGGCAAGGUCUGGCCUGUCUCCACAUCGCCACUCUGCAGAGGAACCAGCCACUCAUGAAACUGCUUCUUGAAAAUGGAGCUGACAUUGAUGUGCAGGAGGGCACAAGUGGGAAGACAGCGCUGCACCUGGCUGUGGAGACUCAAGAGCGGAGUCUUGUACAGUUCCUGCUCCAGGCCGGGGCCCGGGUAGACGCCCGUAUGCUCAAUGGGUGCACACCCCUGCACCUGGCUGCAGGCCGCGGCCUCAAGAGCAUCUCAUCCACCCUGAGAGAAGCAGGUGCCGACUCUCUGCUGAGGAACGUGGAGGACGAGACGCCCCAGGACCUGGCAGAGGAUGUGGCGCCCCAGGACCUGGCUGAGGAUCCCUUUGCUCUUUUGCCCUUCGAUGACCUGAAGAUCUCUGGAAAGCCACUGAUGUGCGCCGACUGAAGCCAGCGCAGGGUCUGGGGCCCUGGAGGCUUCCCGUCUUCCCUUCUGGAAGCUAGAGCCACAGUUGCUGCAGUUUGGGCCCAGGCAGCGUGCCCUCCGGAGUCCUGGGGACGGCUGGGCCAGCACAGUCCUGAGCUGAGAGGAGGGAUCACACGUGAGGGCGAGCCAGUCCGGAAAGAAGAGCUGCCCAGGUGGACGGAGAUUCUUGGAAGACCCCUCCCACCCCGAAGCCCCCGGUAUCCUGGGUGAAGCCUGUUGACCUCUCUGGAAGAUGGCAGGGGCUCUUGUUCCUACCCACGCCGCCGGGUCACCCUAAAACUGCCAACCAAUAGGAAAACGAGGACUCUCCUGGGAGAGGAAACUGAAAUACGAGCAAGCAGAGCCCUCAGAGCUCCCAUCUCACUGCUAUUGAGAACUGUUGUUUAAAGACUUGACACGCAGAAGGCCCCGGACUGAGCCUUGGGGAAGGGGAAGUUUCAAAAACAUGACACUAAAACGGCAGAGACUUUAAAAAGG